AUGCCAAAGACUCCUAAUACGCCUAAUGCGGUUCAGCUUAACCAUCUAGCAGACCACACACCUAGCCAGAAAAUGGUAGUGGCCGAUACUCUGUCAAGAAGCCCUCUCGAGUUUGAAGCGGAACCCGAUACAGUGGAAGAUGUUCAAGCAUUCGUAAACUUGUUCGAAUCUACAAGGCCAGCCACGAAGAACCAACUGGAGCGAAUUAAAGGAACGAGUGCAGUGGAUACACAGCUCCAAAAGUUGGUUGCAGUUACAUCACAAGGGUGGGCAACUCGUGUGGAAGAAGUCCCACUCCAGAUACGAGAGUUCAUUGAUGCACGUGGACACUUGUCGAUAGGCAAUGGUCUGUUAACAUACGAUGAUCGCAUAGUGAUAGCUAGUGAUACCGGUUGUCAUGAGAAGGAAAAUACUGGAAAGCAUUCACAGAGGCAACCAGGGCGUAACAAAGUGCUGCGAACGUGCCAACCUGUCCGUAUGGUGGCCGGGUAUUUCCAAAGAGAUUAA